AUGUCAGAUCAGGUAAAUGAUGGACACCAUCAUCAUCACCACCACCAUAAUCAUGAGGAACCUCGUCUCCACCAGCCCCAGCCACAGCAGCCGAUCGAUGCUAAUGUGAAUCCUGCUAAUCGGAUUGGGAAAUAUCAAGUUAUUAAGACCUUAGGAGAAGGAUCAUUUGGUAAAGUUAAAUUGGCACAACAUUUAACUACUGGACAACGGGUUGCUUUAAAGAUCAUUAAUCGUAAAACAUUGGCCAAAUCGGAUAUGCAAGGUCGAGUUGAGAGAGAAAUUUCAUAUUUAAGAUUAUUGAGACACCCCCAUAUUAUUAAAUUAUACGAUGUUAUUAAGUCUAAAGACGAAAUUAUUAUGGUUAUUGAAUUUGCUGGGAAAGAAUUAUUUGAUUACAUUGUGCAAACAGGUAAAAUGCCUGAAAAUGAAGCUAGAAGAUUUUUCCAACAAAUUAUUGCGGCUGUUGAAUAUUGUCAUCGUCACAAGAUUGUUCAUCGUGAUUUAAAACCAGAAAAUUUAUUAUUAGAUGAUCAAUUGAAUGUUAAGAUUGCUGAUUUUGGUUUAUCAAAUAUUAUGACGGAUGGGAAUUUUUUGAAAACAAGUUGUGGAUCGCCAAAUUACGCCGCUCCGGAAGUUAUUAGUGGUAAGUUAUAUGCUGGACCUGAAGUAGAUGUUUGGUCACUGGGUGUUAUAUUAUAUGUUAUGCUAUGUGGACGUUUACCAUUUGAUGAUGAAUUUAUACCAGCAUUAUUCAAGAAAAUCAGUAAUGGUGUUUAUACCUUACCAAAUUAUUUAUCGCAAGGAGCUAAGAAUUUAUUAACCAAAAUGUUGGUUGUUAAUCCAUUAAAUAGAAUUACAAUACAUGAAAUUAUGGAAGACGAAUGGUUUAAACAAGAUAUACAAGAUUAUUUAUUACCACCCGAUCUUUCCAAAACAAAAUAUAAUAAAGUUGAAACUGAUGAAAAUGUUAUUAAUGCAUUGAAUAUGACUAUGGGAUACGAUCGUGAUGAAAUUAUAAAAGUUAUUGAAGAUUGUAAUAAACAUCGUCACCCACAACAACAAUCAAAUGAAGUAUUAGACGCUUAUUUAUUAAUGAAGGAAAAUCAUUCAUUAGUUGCUGAUUUGAAAAAAAAUAAAACCGAAAAAAUGGAUAAUUUCUUAUCUCAAUCCCCACCACCACUGUGGAAUACUUUAAACACCGGUGGGGCUACUUCAAAUACAAGUGGAUCAAGUCACAGAUCACCAGGAGUCCAACAAUCAGUAACUUACCAAACCUUGGCCACCGUACCCGAUUUAUCUACAUUGCCAAAUUCAACAAUUGCUAUUUUACCAUCAUCAUUACCAUCAAUACAUCGGGCAUACAUGAUGGAAAAUAAUAUAAAUAACCAAAAUAAAAUUAGUCCAGUUUCACUGAAGAAACUGAAAACAAGAUGGCAUUUUGGUGUAAGAUCAAGAUCAUAUCCUUUGGAUGUUAUGGGAGAAAUAUAUAGAGCUUUGAAAAAUUUGGGAGCUGAAUGGCUGAAACCAACAGAAGAAGAAUUAUGGACCAUUAGAGUUCGUUGGAAAUAUGGUCCAACUAUAGUAGAAGAUGAUCCAAAUUGUGAAAUCAUCAGUCCAGAUAUGAUGAAGAUGCAAAUACAAUUAUUUCAAUUAGAACCAAAUAAUUACUUAGUUGAUUUUAAAUUCGAUGGCUGGGAAAGCUCAAUCAAACAACAAGAAUUAAGAUUACAAAAACAAGCUUCUUCAAAUUCAAUUCCAAAAGAGAAAAAUAAUCAAGAUGUCGACGAAAUGAGCUCCUUCUCAGCUUAUCCUUUCUUACAUUUGGCUACUAGAUUAAUCAUGGAAUUAGCAGUCAAUAGUCAAAAUAGUUAA